CGGAAGCGGCAGCGGCGUGGCCGGAAGGAGCUCGGCGGCGGCGGAGGGCCGGUUGCUGGGUUACCGGCAUGUUCCGCUCCGCUGUGGACAUCCAGCCCGCCUGCCUCGGGCUGUACUGCGGCAGGACUGUCCUGUCCGUCAACGGCUCCGUGGAGACCUACGGGGAGUGCGGGGUGUGCCCUAGAGGUCAGAGAACCGAUGACAACAAAAUCUGCCGGGAGUGUGUGGGAUCUCCGGACCGCUAUGACUGGCUGUACCUUGGCUUCAUGGCCAUGCUACCCCUCAUUUUACACUGGUUCUUUAUUGAGUGGUAUUCAGGGAAAAAGAGUUCCAGUGCAUUUUUGCAGCACAUCACGGCCUUGUUCGAGUGCAGCAUUGCAGCCAUUGUUACCCUGCUUGUCAGUGACCCCGUGGGCUCUCUGCAGAUCCGUUCCUGCAAGGUGAAGAAGCUUUCAGACUGGUACACAAUGCUUUACAACCCGAGCCCUGACUACAUCACCACCGUGCACUGCACUCAUGAAGCCGUCUAUCCGCUGUACACCAUAGUGUUUAUCUAUUAUGCCUUCUGUCUUGUGUUAAUGAUGCUACUUCGUCCUCUUCUGGUCAAGAAGGUUGCCUGUGGCUUGGGAAAGUCUGAUCGAUUUAAAAGCAUUUAUGCAGCACUGUACUUCUUCCCCAUCCUCACUGUGCUCCAGGCUGUUGGAGGAGGCCUGCUCUAUUAUGCCUUCCCAUACAUCAUCCUGGUGUUGUCUCUGGUCACACUGGCUGUCUACAUGUCUGCUUCUGAAGUGGAGUCUUUCAAGGAUCUUCUUGUCAGGAAGAAAAGGCUUGUUGUCCUCUUCAGCCACUGGUUACUCCAUGCCUAUGGAAUUGUCUCCAUUUCCAAACUGGAUAAGCUUGAGCAGGACCUGCCAUUGCUUGCUUUGGUACCUGCACCUGCCCUCUUCUACCUCCUGACAGCAAAGUACACCGAGCCAUCACGCAUACUCUCAGAAGGGGGCAAUGGACAUUAAAAGGAGCCUGUGCCAACAAUGCUGUCCUGAUGGUCUGGAUUGUGCAGCUUUGGUGUUUGUAAUACUUCUGUUUGAGAGAAGUUAUUUAUGUACAAGACUGGUAUGUGAAACACCUCAGAGAGAGACUGUGUACUAUUAGCUGCACUUUGUACUCUCCAGAGCUAUCUGGUGUAGAUCAAAGGCAGCAUCUUUCUGUCUGUCACUGUGCACCUGUAGAAGUUUGUGGCAUUCUAGUACAGCCAUUUGCUUGUGUAGGUUUACUUCCUAAUGCAGUAUUUUAGGUGGUGUUUGAACCUGAUUGUCAAUAGACUUCCAAUAAAGCAAACAGAGCUUGAAUGUA